GCAUCAUCCAACCCUCACCGCCCCCGCUUCAAUGCGCCCGCGCCGCCUAUAAACGCCGGCCGGCCGCCCAUGCCGCCUUCAUUUCCCCUCCAUCCUCCAGCCAAGUAGCCAGCGACGACCGGACCCCUCCUCCCCGAUCCACAGCUCGAUCAGCCAGAUCGGGCGGAAACUAGACUAAGCUAAACCGGCAGCCAGCAUGGCGGCGAGGCGGUGGUGUCUGGCGGCGGCGUUGGCGGUGUGGUGCGCGGUGGCAGCGGCGCAGUCGCCUCCGGCGGCGGACCCGCUGCAGGCCAAGUGCUCGGCGGACUUCGCGAAGCUGACGGACUGCAUGGACUACGCGACGGGGCACGCGGGGCAGCCCUCGUCGACGUGCUGCUCCGACGCCGCCGACACGCAGAAGGCGCGGCCGCAGUGCCUGUGCUACAUCAUCCAGCAGGUGCACAGCGGCCGGAACGAGGUGCAGUCGCUCGGCCUGCGUUUCGACCGCCUCAUGGCGCUCCCCGCCGCCUGCAAGCUCGCCAACGCCAACGUCACGCUCUGCAUCACCCUGCUGAACCUGAAGCCGGGCUCGCCGGACUACGCCCUCUUCGCCAACGCCUCCAAGAUCACGCCAUCGACCGGCGGCACUCCGGCGAGCGACAGCACCGCCGGCGGCGGCUUCAAGCUUCAGGCGGGGUUCCGCGGCAGCGUCGCGCUCGCCGUGCUCUCCGCGGUGCUCUCCUCCAUGUUCUGAUUCCUCGAGCAGGCGGCAGUUUUUUUACCCUGUGGAUUCGUUCUUGAUGCUUCGCUAGUCCAUGUCUAUUUUGUACCCACAUAAAAAUAGAUUUGAUCCGAGACUUUUUGGUUCCUGUAUCCUGUUGCAUGAUGAGAGUGGAUGGUUUUUGUGGUUUGUGCAUCACCAAUUCACAACCCUUUGUUCGGAGAACAGAGUGUCAGUGCAGCAACCAAGUGAAAUAAUGUAGUUGCUAUUCUGAAUUUCCAGCCAAAAAAAGAAAUGGCAGUUGUUUUCUGUA